AUGGAUACAUCAGAGAGCUCUGAAGAACAGCUCUCAGAACUUUCUAGCCCGGCCGUGUCGUCUUCCUCCUCAGAGCGAGCGCCCCAGACACACCUCCCCAGCAAACGAAAGCAGGAUGAGGUUCCUAUUGACUCUGAAGAGGAGAGUGGGGAUGUGCAGAGCAGAGAAAGCUUGGGGCGAACGGCAAGCAGAAGCCUUUCUGGCUCAGGGGCUGCCUCUUCAUCUAGGGAGCGCAGCGUCUCUUGUGAUGGCCGGGAGCGUAUGUUUGCUGACGGCGUGCCAGUGACCAGCGCUGCCCCCAGACCAGAGAGGCGAGGAAAGCCCCAAAACAGAAGUGUGCCUCCGGUGCAAGAUCCGGGUGCAAGCUCCCAGGGAGUGGAUGCUAAAGAGAGAACCAGCGGGCGCAAUGACGGGGGCAGCGGGGUUGAUCAUCGUCGAGAUAACGCAGAUGGUAACCCGCGAAGUGCGGGGGAUUCGGGGACUGCUCCGCGGCCUGUCUGGUUUGAGGAAGAGGUGGAGGAGGCUGAGGGGCAGCCUGAUUGGGCAGUGCGAACAGAGAGGGAGUACCGGGCUUACGUUGAAGGACGUCAGUCUAUUGCGGCCGAGUUACUCCGACAAGAGGCGGUCCCUGGAGACGACGAGUCGGGGUGCAGCUGUCAAGGUUGUCAAGGUGUUGGUAUCCUGCGAUGCCAAGAGUGCACAGGAGGCCGCGCGAUAUGUGCGGAGUGCGACGAAGGGUUCCACCCCCAUGCUCAUUUUCACCACCGCUCCAUCCUCAAAGCGGAGGGCUUCUGGUCCCCCCUCAGCCCCACGAAAGCCGUCGUCAAUGGCCAGCUCAAUGAUGUAGCCAAGUGCUUCUCACAGCCGCCUUUGCGCCCCUGUGCGCACUGCAAGCAAACGUCGUGGGGUCCUGCGCAAGCAGUCGCCGAUAAGUGGGCUGUGAUUACCCUUGAGGGGCGCUUCGACUUCCACAAAGCUGCCUUUAAGUGUCAAACAGAGGGCUGCCCCUGCCUGCAGAUUCAGGAUGGGGUUGAGGCGCUGCAGCUUGGUUACUGGGUGGGGACAGUGACGAAGGUUGUGACGCUGUACAGCGUUGCAAUGCUCAAGCACUGGGACAAAGUGCAAAAGCACAUGCCGGGAUCAGGACUAUCUGCCUUCGUGAAGAUUUUGGAGGAGACUGGGCAGGAGCUUGGAAGGGAAGGACCGAUCAACCGCCACACUCUCGGGCUCGCCUGCAGCGAGUUCAAGUUUGCGAAGUACGAGUUCGCCUCCCUGGGUCGGAUGCAGACCGGGCUUGAGUGUCCAGCGUGCUACCUUGAUCUCCACUCUAUAAUCAGUGAUGGGAACCGGAAACUCUACCGGUGGGACCGCUCGUAUGCCCUGUUCCAAGACUGCUACUACGGGGAGCUGUUGAUCUUCGAGGAUGAGAGUGUGCUGCGCACUCUAGAGGCGCUCGACCUACAGCUCGGGGUAUCGCGGCCGGAUGCGCAGUGUGGUGGAAAGUGGAAAGCGGCGCGGGACACACGGAGUGCUAUCCGGGGUCAGGCGGAGACGGGAGCGGUGUUUUGCGGCUGCCGCCACCAGGUGGCCAUGAAGGCAGUCAAUCUUGUGCGCAGCGGGGAGCGCUUCGGGUACACCUACUUCCUGGACCGCCACUUUAUCCAGGGGCGACACCCGCGCUUCUUCUGGCAAGACAUCAUAUGCAAGUACUGGCCGUGGCGUGAGAAGGCGCUGGACAAUAUGGGGGAAGACGUGGACGGCGUCACAAAACCCGCGCUCAACAUCAUGCACGGGAAGCUCCACUCCUGGCCGUGUCAGGCCGUGUUCGGAGGCCGGUGGCAAAAGGGGGCCGGAGCAGGUUCUGGGGAGGACAUGGAGUUGUUCUUCUCUUACAUGUCGCGGUUCGGGUUGGUGACGAAGAAUAUGGGAGCAGCCCGACGAGGAGAACGCAUCACCGAAGCCACCCUCUACUGGAAUGAGGACAAGCGGGCCGCCAUGGCGAAGUCGUUGGCUAAACGGUUGGACCAGACGAAGUUCCGCGUCGUCGCAGCUGCCCAGGACUUGGAUCGACUCUGUCAAGAGACGCUGCAGAUUUCCGAAUCCGAGGUACCCCUCCAGAAGUUCGAAGAAUGGAAGUCUGAGGUGCAGCAGAUCGCCAAAGAGCAGUUGAGCCGUUCGGGCCGGGCUCCAAGUGCGGCUGUAAAGUACUUCAGUCUGGUCACGGAGGUCGAAGCCGCUCGAGAGCUGGAAGCAUUCCGCCAGUCGGGGUCGUUCGAGGACAGUUUACUGUGCUCAGAAACGGUCCAGCAGGUCCGUUCGCUUACUGCGGAGGUAGUGAGGGACCUGCAUCUCAAAGAGAGGAAGCUAAAGGAACUAGAGCGGAGUCUUUUUUCGGGGGAAGUGGGUCCGAGUAUUCCAGAGGGAGCGAAGCAGAAAGUGUUGGAAGCAAGCCGGACGGAACUGGCCGAGCUGACCAUCCUCGGUUUGCAAGUCGAGGUUGAGGCUCUUCUGCACAGUCUGGAGAAGUACAAGUCAAGGAUAGCAAGCGAGGCAGACUCCGCAAAGAUGCGCGCGUCGAUGCGCAAGAAAGAGGGUGAGGAAGAGUCGAGACUGUUAGUUGAUGAGCAGCGGAGUCUUCUGACGUAUUACUCGGAUCUGAUUGUGGGUCUAGAUAAGAGAAUAGAACAACUCGACUCCCUCGACAGUAGGGCAGACGCCGAAGCUCCUGCCGAAUCGGAGUUGGAAGGCCGACAAUCCAGGUAUUGGAUCUCCGAAAGUCGACUCAAGAAUGAUAGGGAUGCCCGGAACGGUUGCAGAGCGUUGCACGCACAAGCGAGGGCGGCAGCUGCGAUUCGACUUCGAGAAGCUAAGAAGAGCUUUCCUCACGCGCUCGAGGAGGCCAGUGCUGAAGGAAGUGGUGCGUAA